AGUCAGUUUGUCACGUCAGCUGAUUUGCUGUUGACGCUUUCUUUGCGUUCGAGCAAACGACUGAAAGAACUUUGCGUCGAAGACCGAUGUUCUGUUUGAGCCGAUAAUCAAUACGUCUUCAAAGCCAAUUCUCAUUCUUUGACGAGGACUACAUCUAGCUAGCUAGUAGAAGGAAAGAGCCAAUCCUUUCAUUUUGUUCUCGGUGGCUGACAAAAGAGAGGAGAGAGAGAUACUGUGACGAUAAGAUUUUAUAUUUAUUUGUGUCUAUCUAUGUUUUUGCGUAAAGAAUAACCAUGUCGACGACCAUAACCACGAGUGAAACAACUCUGACGACGGACUUGAAUUAUUCCGUGUACAGCACUGAGAAUGACGGCCAACAACAGAGUCAACUCUUGGUAGAAGGAGGUUCCCCCGAAGAACUGAUACUGCCUCCUCCCAGUUGUUGGUUCACAGACGAUUUGGCUGGCACUACGAUGAGCUCUACUACUUGCAACAACAACCAUUAUCAGAACCAUCACCAAGGACCGCCAAGCGAACUCAAACACGAAUUGAAAUCACAAGCGUCAACAUCUACUACAGCUGCACACGUAAAUGGAAAUGGCGCUACAAACUACUACUUGACCACGUCCAACGAAAGACAUCCCUUGACUACCGUGGUGACUGGAUUACAAUUGGAAACAGCAGCCUCAACAACAACAACCAACAGCAGCAGCAGCAACCACAGCUCUCCAAACAGUUCUCCGCCUCGUACGACGACGACACCACCGUUGGAGUCUUUUCGAAUAAUGAAUCCUCCGGCACGAGUCGUAGCUGCUCCGUCGCCCUCGUGGAAAGAAAUCUCAUCGCAAGUCUUGCCCACAGCCGCCAAGGAACUUUUGUCGAGUUCCAUGAGACGCAUCUGCUACACGGCACGCUUGUCGUAUUCCAAUACUCGAUGGCACCGCAAGUAUUCCGACAUUGGAAACAAUACGGGAGGAUAUUUUCAACCCGACUAUGCUAGUUUGAACUUGAGCAACAACAACAACAGCAAUUCUCAGCCACAACAGCCAUUGCCACUCGAUUUACCGCCGUUUUCCAGCUUGCCCUGGGUCGACCGACAAAUGGUACGAGAAUGGAGGACCUAUCUGCCAGAAGAAGCAUUCCUCAACAACCAAAAACAACUUCAACCACAAAUAAUGAACGACAACAGCAACAAGUCAAGCGACGAAGAUGCCGAUGUCGACGAUUUCAAUCGGGCCAGAACAUUGGUGCCACAACCAAUCCAGCGUCCAAUGUGGCAAAAGGCUGACAUUUGCCAUGAAUGUCUCAAACCCUUUGGACCAACGCGUCUGAGACAUCACUGUCGGCUCUGUGGAUUUUCCUUUUGUCACUUGCACAGUGGACAAGUGCACCGAUUGCCACAUUUGGGAUACGAUCCAGAUGUGCCAGAGAGAGUUUGCGAUCCUUGUAAGCGGGGGUUGCUCGCACAGAAUCUUGCCGAACGGAUUGCAUGGAGAUUGGCUCGUUGUCGGGAUCUCAAAACAAAGCAGUUGACACCCUAUUUCGAAACGGGGAUUGAUACGGUCGAAGAAGCCGCGUUACGCUUGGCGGCCGCUGCUUUGGCCACGGCAAGGUCAGUACCACUCGGUGCACAAGCCCAUGUGGCCGUCGAAACUGUGGAAGUUUUGCGAAAACACGGCUUGAACGGAAUUUAUGGCAUUAUGCUGAGACAAGAAUUCUUGGCGGCGGCUGAUCUGCUGCGAAAGGCGUUGGGAAUCAACAAAACCGCCUGGCCUCUCAGUGUACACGAACUCAGUGCUGCCAUCUUUUAUGCUCUGGCACAGCAUCGAGCUAUGAGAGGGAUCAAUCCUGAUAGAGAAGAACUCAUCCAUACAUUGAUCUCGGACGAUGAAUCCAAGAGGUCUUUCUUGGCUACCUCCAAAGGAAGAACCGACAUUGUCGUGGACGAAACAGACGAAUACAACCCGUCCAUCGAACAGCUCUUGUCCUUGGCAGAUCCUGCAAACACACCAGAUUUAUUAGAGACACCUAGAAAAUUCUUGAAUGGAAAGUUGCAAAAGGAUACCAUGACAUGCUCCUCGAAAUCAUCGCUGCCCUUCACGCCGGUUUGUACCCCCAUGGCGGACCACGUCUUGAAUUCACUCAUCUUUUACGCUCCCAUUGCGUUGACUUUCAUCUACGCUGCCAAGGAAGUCGAGAUGCAACUGCUGGCGGCACAACAAGGCUGGAAACUUUUGUACGCCUGCCUCAACCCAGAGGAAGAUGGAACUGUGACAGACAUGCCCGCUUCGGCUGUCUUUGUCCACGAGCAACAAAAGACGGUUUGUUUGGCCAUUCGAGGAACGGCGACAAUCCACGACGUCGUCACGGACGUCCGACAAAUGCCAGUGUCCUUCCCGGAAGCAGAGCAAUUGCCUGGCUCGAGUCAUCCGGAUGGAUGGACCAAUGUCAAUCAAGGCAACGGGCUGGCGGUCUGUGGUAUGGCAUCGGCUGCCGUGAACUUGUUCCGGGAGCAUAUCGAUGUCCUUUUACACCUGACGCAAGAGGGAUACAGAAUACGCAUCACGGGGCAUAGCUUAGGUGGAGGUGUUGCGACAUUGCUCGGUGUUUUGAUUCUCAAGGAACUGGAAAAGACCAUUCCACCAGAAAAAUUGAAGACGCUCGUUCGAGUCUACGCUUAUGGUUCCCCGUCAUGCGUGGACGCCAGCUUGGCGGAGUUUACAGAGUCCUUUGUCACCACUGCAGUUCUUCAUGAUGAUGUCGUGCCCCGAUUGACUCCCACCAGUUGUCGUGGAUUGCUCAAGCAUUUGCUGCACAUUCGAGAAACAUGGGUCAAGGCUCACUUCACUGAUGAUCUGUUUGCCAUUGGAGAACGAGCGAGUUUGGCCUGGGCACCACGAUGGAGGAAUGGAUUCACUUUGACAAGCACCUCCAAGUUGUCGUUGAAGAAGUCUUCCCGUUCCAUCAAACGAUACUGCCAAAAACAAAUCCAGGUUGGUACGCAACACCUUUUGACUGUGAAGGAGAAGCUAACUGGAGAGUCAGCAGCAGCGAAAGUCUCUGCUUUUGGUGUGGAGGACUUGCCCAGCAACGAAGAGAAAAAAGAAACGUCAUCACAAGGUGAGCUGGAUGAAAACCCAGGCUAUCAAGGUGCUGCGGAUGGAACCACAGAGGCGGAACCUACCUUCUUGGUUGAAAUGAUGGGUGGCAAAGAUAAUAGAACAGACGCAGUCGUCAUUGACGGUGAAGAGUUCUGGCAGGCGGACGAAACCCACACUCUUAUCGAAAGUGACGAGGAGAGUCUUGCAACAACGCAAAUGUUUUCAGAUGCUCUGGAUGAAGCCCGAAGCUACGAGGAAAUGCAUGUCAACGAAGGACCGAUCGAGUCUGUAGUAGAUGAUGUGAAGAAGGGUUCUCCUGAAUUCAUCCCGCCAACAACAAACGGAGCCGAUUCCGCGGAUGCAAACGAAGACGACGAGGGACCAGGAGCCGUCGUGCUUGAUGAAAUCCCUUUGCCUCGAAUGUUCGUCCCUGGCAAGAUUGUGCACAUAUACUCUCAUCGCGGCACGUACAAGGCUGCAUAUGUACCAAAAGCAUUUCGCGAGCUGCGUCGCCUCAGUCUGGCUGGUAACAUGCUUUCCGACCACACGACAACUGACUACUACGAGUCUCUUCUUGAAGUGAGAUCAGUUCGGAACGCCGUAGAGCUGCCACCAAAAUGGACGGCUUUUGACGAGGACGUCACAUGCUCUUGUUGUGCCAGUCGUUUCACGUGGGCGAGUACAUCGGAUAGUGAAGCUCAGGAGGCUCGGGACAAGCAUAACUGCCGAUCUUGUGGAACCCUCGUGUGCAACCCUUGUUCAUCGAAAAAGAUGCCGCUCCCUUCCAUCGGGGUUACUGUGCCCGUUCGGGUGUGCGAUCGCUGCUACAAUGAUCUGGGAGGUGUCCUCACCGGCACCGCUGCCAUGAGACAAAGCACGGUAAUCGAGGAACAGGAAAUGCCUGCUGUCAAGGCGGCUGCCUCCACUGUUGGUAGACCUGAGCGUUAUCGCCAGCGUCGCAGUGAUGUUGUUGACGAUCUUGCCUUGAGGAUGAAAAAAGCUUUGCAUGCCUAAGAGUCGGAGUAGUAUAGAAUAAGAUUGACUAGAUGUAAAUAUCUUUAAAACAAGCGAACCUAGAUUCGCGCUGAUGUUGAGAUCUUCACUUUGAAGCUAUGU